AUGACGCCGAAUAGCACACGCCAGGCCCACCCAGACCCAGAUGGGGCCCAAAAGGGCCUAGAUCUGGGCCGGAGGGGCUCCGCCGCCAGCCAUCGCGCCGCCCCGCAGCCAAGCAGCCACGCCACCGCCACCUCGCCACCCGGAGCUGCGCCGCCUGCGAAGACAAGCCGCCACCGGAUCCGACGCCGGCCUGGGUGCACCACCGCCGACGCCAUCGCCCGAGCCACAGCGCCGUGCGGGGAGGAAAAGAACGGGGCCGCCGCCGCCGGCAUCACACGAGCCAGGCCCGAGGCCUACGCCGGCGGCGGCGGGAGGGGAUUAGAGGAGGGGGACCGCUGGGAGGGGGAGGGAAGGGGAGCCCCCGGUCGCCUCGCUCGGGGAGGCGACACGGGGGUACGAGGGAGGAGGGGAGGGGGAGGGGGAGCCGGGGCGCGCCCGCCGGCGGCCGGGGGCGGCGGGAGCGGGGGAGGGCGGCGGCGGCGGCGGGGGGCCGGAAACCCUAAUGGGAGCGGGGAGGGGGAGGGGGAGCUAGGUUAA